AUGUUAGACACUCCAGUAACAUUCGUUACCAGCGAGAUCCAAGGCAAUGUCCAUAUUUUCAUCCCGGAAACCUUCCACAGAAACCUGGUGGAAGUCAUUGCCAGUAACUUCAGCCGGCGAGUGCAGCAGUCAGUAUCUGUGUUCCAUGACGCCUAUCGACAGAAGUUUCGAAUCUGCCCGCUUCCCCCAGGGUCUGCUGUUAACCCGACCAAUUACGGAAUACUACUUUUCACAUGUGAUUCCUCAGGGCCGAAAGAAUUGAAAGCUCAGGCGAAGACCGCCGAGCCUGAAGACAGCUCAAGUCACAUUCCACGUCCUAGAAAUAGCUGGAUCCUUUACCGCCAGUUCAAAUCGCGCGAACUGAGAAAGGAUCACCCUGGCAUCACUGCAUCGGAACUUUCUACCUUAAUCUCCAACCUAUGGAAAAAUGAGUCUGAUGGCGAGAAGGCCUUCUGGCAAAAGAUGGCCCAAGAAGAAGAUCGAAUGCACAAAGAGAAAUACCCGGGAUAUAAGUACACCACAAAGAGAAACGCUGACAGGAGUAAAUGA